AUGAUAGAACUUGUGAAUUUUUGUGACAAUUAUUUGAUAGAUGAUUCAAAAACCAAUUUUAUAUGCAAUUGUUACUACGGUAACGAUUUCAUCAACAGAAAAUUUAUCCGAUUUUUUUAUCCAGUUAUAUUUUCUCUUCCUUCCUAUUUAUCCGCUAGCAAACUACGAUUUUUGACAUUUCAAAUGGGAUUAUUUAUACAUGAGACCAAUUCCUUUACAAUAAACUUUUUAUUUUCGAUAGUAAAUCCUUGAACAUCCAAAAUUAUAUUCAUAAUUUCAAUAGUGAAAAUUUUUUAAACAUUUGUUUUUUGGCACUAUAGUUUUUUAUUUGGUUUUUCAAUUUUUCAAGUUUUAUCAUGUGUUUCAAUAGUUGUUUUUCAAAGUUCUUAGACAUAAUGACAGAUAUUAAGGAGAUACUCUCGUUUUAUUUAAAGUUGUUUAA